AUGUCUAAAACUGGAACCAAGAUUAGUUUCUAUGAAGACAGAAAUUUUCAAGGCCGCCACUAUGACUGUGAUGGAGACUGUGCAGACUUCCAUUCAUACCUGAGCCGCUGCAACUCCAUCAGAGUGGAAGGAGGGACCUGGGCUGUGUACGAAAGGCCCAACUUUGCUGGGCACAUGUAUAUCUUAGCUCAGGGAGAGUACCCUGAGUACCAGCGUUGGAUGGGCCUCAACGACCGCCUGGGCUCCUGCAGAGCCGUUCAUCUGUCUAGUGGAGGCCAGUACAAGAUCCAGAUCUUUGAGAAAGGGGACUUUAAUGGUCAGAUGUUUGAAACCACGGAAGAUUGCCCUUCCACCAUGGAGCAAUUCCACAUGCGAGAGGUUCACUCCUGUAAGGUGUUGGAAGGUGUCUGGAUUUUCUAUGAGCUACCCAACUACCGUGGCAGACAGUAUCUCCUGGACAAGAAGGAGUACCGGAAGCCCAUUGAUUGGGGUGCAGCUUCCCCCGCUAUCCAGUCUUUCCGCCGCAUUGUGGAGUGA